AUGAGUGAUUGCCAGAAAAGAACUCCUUUACAUGAAGCUGUUCAAUCAAUAUCAAGCGCCAGGAAGCAUAUAGUCAAAAUGUUACUAGACAAUGGAACUGAUGUAAAUGCUUUGGACGAAGAUGGAUUCAGCCCUCUUCAUUUAGCUGCCUUAAACGAAAUUCCCCAAUACGCCAAUCUAUUGGUAGAUCAAGGCGCCAACCUGACAGCAAGUGGUAACUCCAAAAUCAGUCCUUUUGGUUUGUUGGCUAAGAAAACCCCCGCAGUUCUGGAUGCUGUGAAAAAUCGACUGGACCAAUCCAUUACUCUAAUACCUGAUCCAGAUGAACUUUUUCGAACUGAGAUCGAGUUUAACUUCGAUAAAGGCCUACCCCAUCCGGAUGAGUAUAAAAUACUGAAAACUUUUAUCGAAGAAGGGCAACCGGAAAUGUUACUGCACCCUAUAUGCAGGGCAUUUCUUUUUAUGACUUGGAAAAGAUUGAAGAUUUGUUACUAUGGAAUGAUUUACUCAUGGUUUCGCUUGUGUUUUUGCCUUUUAUUCUUUGUUCUAACUGGCAUGUCCUAUCGCUGUAACCUUGUCGAAGAAGAAGUACUUUAUUGUAAAAAUAGUUACGCUAUGAACAAAACACUGUUCGAGAGUAGAUUUAACCUGAAAAUGCAAUGGUAUUUGAUGAUCUACAUCACUGUUUCAAUCUUGUACUCUAAAGCGUACGAUUUUCAUAGACACCCUUCGAUUAAAAAUUAUUUUUUGAAUAUAAGUAAUCAACUAGAGUGGGUCAGUCUUUUUGGUGUGGUGGCUAUUUGUCCACUCUACUCUGGAACUAUGGAAAAAUGGCAAUUGGAAGUUGGCGCAUGGAUUCUGUUAACUUCUUGGACGAACUUAAUGUUUCUGGUAGGUCAGUUGCCGUGUUUUGGUCCUUACGUCGAUAUGUACCAAAAAAUCCAACGAGAAUUCUACAAGCUAUUUUUUGUAUUCUCCUUUUUCCUGGUCGGAUACGUCGGUUCUUUCUACAUAUUUAUCCCACAAUCAAGCGCUUUCAAAGAUCUUUUCAUCGGAGCCAUCACUGUUUUGAUUUUAAUGACAGGAGAUUUAAAUUACGAUUAUUUGGUUAAGUAUGAAUACGCCAAUACUGUUUCUAGAAUAGGAACGCACGCUGUCUGUGUGAUAUUUGUGUUAUACGUCACUAUUAUUCUGAUGAAUCUUUUUGUGGGAAUUGCAGUAGACGAUAUUGAGACCUUAGAAAAAAACGCAGGCUUAUCUAAAUUGGUGAGACAAGUUAAAUUAUGUUCGUAUAUAGAAAAAUCGUACUGCAAUCGCAUUUUUCUCAAUUUUUUUCUUAAGAUAAUCGGGAAAAUUCCAAAAAAGUAUACAAGUCGUUUGAAAGUAAAACCCCUUGAUCCAACUGAAAAUAAGAUGCCUAAAAAUAUUAUGCACCAAGCGUACAACAUUGUUAAAAAUCGAAAUAUUGAUAAAGAACCUAUUUUUGAACAGGAUGAAGUACUGAGUGAUAUAGAACACGGAAUAGAAGACCGUAACAAACAAAUCAAUAUGUUACAUCGUUAUGUUAUAAAAUGCAAAGAAUCCUUAACAAAAUAUUGAGGAUAGUACCUAUUUGAAAGACAUAAACAGGUACAUUUAAGAUAGACCUUUUGUAAUGUAGAAAAACUUUUUAGGCCUUACUUUGUAAUUUACGCAUAUACUUUUUGAAUAUAAGUAAUCAACUAGAGUUGGUCAGUCUUUCUGGUGAUGUAGCUAUUUGUCCAGUCUACUCUGGAACUAUCCAAAAAUGGCAAUUGGAGUUGGCGCAUGGAUUCUGUUAAUUUCUUAGACGAACUUAAUGUUCCUGGUAGGUGGUAGGUCAGUUGCCGUGUUUUGGCCCUUAUGUCGACAUGUACCAAAAAUACAACGAGAAUUCUACAAGCUAUUUUUUGUAUUCUCUUUUUUCCUGGUUGGAUACGUCGGUUCUUUUUACAUAUUUGUCCCACAAUCAAGCACUUUCAAAGAUCUUUUCAUCGGAGCCAUCACUGUCCUGAUUCUAAUGACAGGAGAUUUAAAUUACGAUUAUUUUGUUAAGUAUGAAUACGCCAAUACUGUUUCUAGAAUAGGAACGCACGCUGUAUGUGUGAUAUUUGUGUUAUACGUUACUAUUAUUCUGAUGAAUCUUUUUGUGGGAAUUGCAGUGGACGAUAUUGACCUUAGAAAAAAACGCAGGCUUAUCUAAAUUGGUGAGACAAGUUAAAUUAUGUUCGUAUAUAGAAAAAUCGUACUGCAAUCACAUUUUUCUCAAAU